CGCCGCUGAAAUUCCGACCACCAACAGAUACUCUGAUUCAUCGUAUUUCAGAAGCUCAUUUUCUCCGGCUACCUCACCGACGUGAAGACUCAUCUCGCAGUAGUCUGGUUUAACAAAGAAAAAGAAGAAGAGUAAAUGGGCAAGCUUUAAUUUCUCCGAGAAGUCGAAAGGCCAGUCCGACAUUUACCGUCUUGGGUUUCUUGAUUGGCAUUUUGAGAUGGGUCGAACCAGAUGACCUUGAGAGUGGCGGGAGACACUUCAAGAGAAAAACCCAAGAAAUUGAGUUAGAUUUGAUGAGGGAUUUCAAUCAAUUUCGAUUCUUGAAACAGGAAAUGAAGAGGGGUUCUAGAAAUUGCAGUUGGGUUCGUCGGGGUUGUAUUCUUCAUCGGAAUCUUCUUCUUUAGGGUCGAUUGAGAGGGAUAAGGCACUUCUUCCGUUAUUUGCUUCGAAAAGAAUAAGAAGAAGCGUUCUGAUAUUCAGUCUUCUUGAGCAAGAUUCCCAACAGUUGAAGAAAUCGCAACCUCCGGAGAGGAUACGCAGAGCAGCAACGAUGUUGCCACCAUACUUGACUGUAAGUGACUGCCGGCGAGAAUUGCAGGGUGGCCAUGGCGAUUCCACAUCCUAUCAGUUCCGCAACAGCGUUCUCGAACAGGGUGCUUUCGCGUAUCUCAAGGUCCAACAACAUAGCCGUUUUGCAGUUUGGCUGUUUGGCAGGGUUUACUCUCUUCUUCUAGGUAAUAUAAUUACAGAAAACUGGUUUGCAGCCGGUGAUGUCAAUUUUUAGGUAAGGUCUUUAUUUCAUUAUCAUGUUCAUAAUGUUCAUUAUAAGUUUUAACAUUCAAUAAUGUUUUCUUGGAGGUAAUUCUUUUGCUUUUCUACACCUGUUUAUUUAAUAUUGUGGUUGAGUUUAUAUUCAGGUUAGUCAUAUAUCUAAUGUGCAUGUUGUUGACAUUUCAUUACUUCUUAGUUUUUAGGAAUUUGGUUGUUCAUUAUGAUUUGCAAAUUUAAAUAUAUAUGAAUUGUCCAAAACUUUGCUGCUUCAUGUUGUUUUCAUUGACUCUUAGAAAGGUUGACUCCUGUUGGGUGAGUGCUUUGAGGAACUUUAUGGUUUGAUUUUUUACUUUUAAGAGUAGGUGCAUUUUGUAACUUUCAAUUCCGUGACCUAGUUUUUCAUAGGCUUUGAACAACCUUCAUUAGCCUUCAUGAUGAAGACCAAAGAAAAAACAAAAAAUGGAUGAGUUUUUGAAAUGGAGGGAAGUUGGCACUCUUCAUGUUUGAUUUUGAUACUAAUUCCAGUCUAUUAUACAUUUGAGUUCUGUACUCUUAAGUUGAAAUGAACAGAUGGAAUCACGGAUGGGAUUUGGAAAAUUUGUAAAAGAGGCCAUGGAAGCGGAAGUGUAAAAUCAGGAUUGCUGCUACCUUAUAUGGCAUUUGGAGAGCAAAGAGCCAGUUGGUGGUGCUGGAAAAAGUAUAGAAUGUAAAUAGUGUUUCCAAGACCAUAAAUACCCAAAUUUUGAUUCAAAGUUUUGCCAAACUGUAAAGAGAAAUUUACCCAGGUGUGCCCGAGUGUAAGAUGCAAAAUUCUUUUUAUGCAAUGGAAAGAGCUUGUACCUUUUGUCUAAAAUAAAUUGUAGUCAAUUGU